AUGGAUAUUGCACAGUUUGCACAAACGAUCAAAGGCGAUGUCAUAACCCCUGAGGACCCUACAUAUCCCAAAGCUAUCUUCAGAUGGGCAGCAAACGCGGUCCGGCAAGCGAAGCUGGUUGUCUUUGUCAAGGACAACGGAGAUGUCGUCAAUGCCUUGCGAUUUGCUAGGGACAACGACCUACCAAUCGCCGUUCGAGGAGGGGGACAUAGUGUUGUGGGAUCGUCGUCCGUGGAGAAUGGUUUGGUUAUUGACCCUUCGCGCUACUUGAAUGGCGUGACAGUCGAUCCUGCUAAGAAAUUGGCAUACGUGGGCGGGGGUGCUAUCUGGGAGACUGUCGACAAAGCCGCCAUCAAACACGAGUUGGCGACGGUGGGAGGGACUGUGAACCAUACUGGUGUAGGAGGUCUGAUCCUUGGGGGAGGUUAUGGAUGGCUAAGUGGUGCAUAUGGACUGGCAAUCGAUAACCUCGUGCAGGCUACCCUUGUAACCGCUGAUGGUUCUAUCCUUACAGUUAAUAAGGAUGAGAACCCGGACUUAUUCUUCGCCAUUCGUGGCGGGGGCGGAAAUUUUGGGGUCGUCACGGAAUUCGUCCUCCAACUACACCCUCAACGCCCUACCAUAUAUUCUGGAAUUCUGAUUUACCCGCCAUCUGCCAUUGAACAAGUGCUUGAAGUCACUCUCAAGUGGAUGGAAACAAUGAGCGAGAAGGAAGGCAUGAUCCAGAUCAGUGCUGUUGGACCGUAUGGCAAUCCCAUUUUUGCGGUCAUUCCGUUUUUCAAUGGAUCGGAGGCCGAAGGAAGACAAAAAUAUAAAGCGUUCCAUGAUAUUGCCCCCCUUGCUGAUUUAACCAAGGAAAUACCUUAUGAAGAACUUAACGCGAUCUCUAAUCCGAUGGCCGUUCAUGGCUCUGGAGUAUAUCAAAAAGGAGUCGCACAUAAACGACCUAACCCCGAGGCCAUCGUGAGGGCCCACAACAAAUUUGUGGACCUGGUGAAGUCCGAUAAUUUCAACGGCGCAAUUUUGUAUGAAUACUUCCCUCUACAAAAAAUCAAUUCGGUGUCGAGGGAUGCUACUGCUUUUCGUCGGGAGUUUGCUUCGAGUGUUUUAGUUAACCUUACAUGGGAUAACUCUACUGGAGACCGCACACAAGAAGCUCGAAAGCACACCUACGAAUUGGCAUCGAUUAUCUCCAGAGACGGAAAGGAUAUGACAACUGCCGAGACUUUGGGGUAUAGCAACUACGAUCCCGAAGCUUUCGUUGACAAUGCCAAGGGUGUUACUUUGGUACAAGAUAAAGCAAAACUCGUAUUUGGAGAAAAUUAUCCAAGGCUACAGACUAUCAAGAAGCGGUAUGACCCAGACAAUGUAUUUAAUAAAUGGUUCCCCAUUGUUCCGGCUUAA